CAGUGAGCAGAGCAGGCAAGCUCCCCCUGCUACCACCUGAGUUGGGACCAGCAGUCCCAAUGAGGCAGAGCUCUCCGCUCCUGUAGCGAGGCAGUGAAGGGGUUAAGAGCCGCUUGGCCUGAUCCUUCAGUGGGGCUCCGAGCAAUACGGCAGGACCGGCUGCAGGAGGAAUUCGAAGCACAAAGCUACAGCAUCGUUUCCGUGCGCACGCGGCAGCUCGGCUGUGGGAUCUUUACAAACGCCUGCACAGUUCCCAGCCCUGACCUUCCACAAGCUUCAAAUCCGCCGAUUGGUUUGGUGUUUUGAGAGAGAGCGGGGCACAAGCACUUUCAUUCAUCUGAAAUUCCAUCCUCCCUCCUGACUCCAGUUCUCAAGCAAAUGGCAACUAAAAUCGACAAGGAGGCAUGCAGAGAAGCCUACAACCUCGUAAGGGAUGAUGGCACGGAUAUUACCUGGGUGACUUUUAAAUAUGAUGGCUCUACAAUAGUCCCCGGAGACCAAGGAACAGACUAUGAAGAGUUUACAAGGGAAUGCAAAGAUGAUAUCAGGUUGUUUGGAUUUGUCCGAUUUACCACUGGGGAUGCCAUGAGCAAGCGAGUCAAGUUUGCCCUCAUCACUUGGAUCGGAGAGAACGUUAGCGGCCUGCAGAGAGCCAAAACCGGGACUGACAAAACUCUGGUCAAAGAAGUAGUACAGAACUUUGCCAAAGAAUUUGUGAUCAGCGACUACAAAGAGCUGGAGGAGGAGUACAUCAAGAAUGAGCUGAAGAAAGCCGGGGGUGCUAAUUAUGAUGCCCAGAACGAGUGAAUGCUCUAGCCACAUGGUACCAUCUGCCUGGAUCAGGAAGGGAGGGGCAAAGCACAACCACCCAACUAAAUUCUGAUGAGGCGAACGAGAGAAGACACGGCUUAUUUGUGUGCACCUAAGAAGUCCCUUCCCUUCUCCCAAAAUGGACUUUUAUUUUCCAUUCCAUUUCCCUCUUCCAUAUGAGUUGUUUUUAUUUUUUACAAAAGUUGCACAAGUAACUCAGCCCCAAGCAGAUGCUGAUGCUUUCUAUAACAUGUUGGUUUACCUUUCUGUUUGGCCCUGCAUAGUCAUAGUCAACCUUGCUGUUCUUACAGGCCUGCCAUUAUAAUUUUUUUUUUUUUUUUUUUUUUUUGGUAUGUGUUCGCAUUUUAAUGGGGUUCAAAGUGGGCUCCAGUUACCACCAGGAGAAAAAUCUCUAGAAAUUGUGCACAUACGGCAUUUUUUUAAAGUUCCUGAUGGUAUUCUUGGGACUACAUAAUUUUCCUUCUUCGAUAUUCAGAUCUACUUGAGUUGACGCCACUUAAACUUUGAUUAAAUUACCUGAGCUUAGAUGUCCAGUGGCGAUAAUGAUGCUUAGCAGUUUAAAAAAAAAAACAAAUCUCGUUUUCAACUCUUAAUCAAUGGGAAGAAGUAAAUUUGCCUUAAACAUUGCUUGAUGGUUGCUGUGCUGCACCUCCACCUUCCCCCUUCUUUAAAAUUUGAUCCAACGUGAUUUGAAUAUUUUGAAGUUAUCAUGGCAACAGUAAACGGGGGGGGGGGGAAGUAAAAGGUCUGGACAUUUGUUCACUAUUUUGUAUACAGCGGUCUCGGGGGUUAUUUUAAACAACUACAAAAAUAACAGCUGCUGGAUCCAAGCAGCCUUUUUUAUUCCCCCCCCCCCCUUAAAGGUCAUUUAAAAACAACAUCUUGAGUCAUCUGGGGGGCCCUAAGGCAGCUCUGUGAUGCUCUAGCUUCAUAACCCAAGAGAUGGAGCAGAGCAGACCUGUCCAUUCAGAAUAGAAUGUUCGACAGCAGUAGGUCAAUGCUUAACAUUCAGGGAUUAAUAAAAUAACAUUGGCACAGUUUUAGUUACCAAACAAAGAUCUUUUCUGUAUAUUUUUUUCUCCCCCUCUUCCCCCCCCCCCCCAAUCUAUGAGGAGUGUCCCCAGAAUUAAGUUUAGGGAAAACUGUGUAUUGGGGUUUGUGAAUUGGCGCUAAUAAAAACAAGUAAAGAAAUGUUUUUU